UGGCGGUAGCUGCUCAAAAGUUCCAUUCUCUGUUGGAAAAAGGAAGUACAACACGGAAGUAGACCGUCUGUGUUUUUGAGAGAAGAAACAUUGUAACGGGUAGUGUGAGAGUUGAAACUGUCCUCGUACCUUGUUUACAGCAGAUACCAGUCCGUAAAUUACUCAAAUAUAUUUCUGAUAUUUCUGUGAAGAUUACAGUGUACGAGGUUUCCAGUAUAGACAGUCUUCCUCAGAGCAUAAGAAAAGCCGCUGUGUUUGUAUUAAUGGAAGAGGCGAGAGUGAGACGCGUCUCUGAAAUGAAAGAAGAGAUGGAUAUCUGCGCAUCCUCCGCGUCUCUCCUUGAGGAAGAACUCGCCUCUGCUAUCGAGCCUGCAGUGAAAGCGGCUGUGCUGAGCGUCAUGUCUGCGUUAGCAAAGUUCGUGGACAGUAAAUGUGCAGUUUUCAAUCUCAGACUGGACCAAAGAGACCAAGAAUUCGAAAGCGUGAGAUUGCGAUUGGAAAUAGCGGAGAGCGAGUUGAAAGCAAUCCGAGACGGAGAAUACACGAACACUGGCGAUAAGAACUUCACCCAGUCUUUCACAAACACCAAUGAACAAUACUGCGGGGUUGACAUUGAUGUCAUUCACGUCCCCGAGCUGCAGCAGGAAGAGCACAGAUUGGUCCACACGAGGACAGCGGAAUGGAGACACACAGUGGAAGGUCCUGCAGAGAGAAAUGCUCUCCCUCAUGCUGAGGAAGGGUCGAAAGCAGAAUCAGUUCCCAUUCAAGAGGAGCUCUUUGACCAGGAAUGGUGCAGGAGUCCAGAGCAGGCUACAGAGCUGACAUCUAUUGAAGGGGAGGAGGAGACACCUGCACUAGAUCCUGUCCACAUUAAUGAAGAGAUCCCUGGAAUUGAACCGGUCAUCAUUAAAGAGGAGGUUCUUGAACUUGAAUUUGACCCCAGUGAAGAGGGGGGUUCUGACCACUUUGAAAAACUGCAGCAAAUUCACAUCUGUACUGUGUGUGGGGAGAGUUAUACUAAGUUAAGUGACCUGACUUUACACCAGCGUAUUCACACAGGAGGGAAGCCGUAUCUGUGCACAGAAUGUGGGGUGACGUAUUCUGACUUAAAUAACUUGAUGAAACACUUGCAAAUUCACUCCAGAGACAAACUAUACCAAUGCAGCGAAUGUGGGAAGAGUUUCAUUACAAAAGAUGAGCUAAAAAGACACCAUCGAAUUCACACAGGAGAAAGACCGUACUGCUGCACUGAGUGUAGAAAGAGAUUCAAUACCUCUACAGAUCUGAAAAGACACCGUCGCAUUCACACAGGAGAGAAGCCGUAUUCCUGCACUCGGUGUGGCAAAAGUUUCACACAGUUACAACACCUUAAAACACACCUGCGGAUUCACACAGGAGAGAACCCGUACUGCUGUGGUCAAUGUGGCAAGAGUUUCAAACAGUCUCAACACCUUAAAACACACCAGCGAACUCACUCAGGAAAGAAAUAGGGUUGCAGAAAACCCUGUGAGCUCAUUUUAUCAAUACUCAAAAGGCUGUUUUAAGAGGAUCCAUGUAAGAUAAUUUCUUGAAGAAGGCAUUUAAGACACUUUCGUGACAGCUUCAGAUAGGAUUGCUAUUAAUUUGUACAUGUGUUCUCUUUAAACAAAACCCAUUACACACAAUUAAAAAUUAGAAAAAAAGAUGCAAACACCCACAACACGAGAUGUAGAAUUCAACAUAGCAGCAGACAUUGUCAUCCUAACUGUAAACUGCACUCCAGGAAGAUGUGAAAUGGGUAAGGAGCAACAGGGUGAGAAUUAGCAGCGACCUGGAGAGACCCAAUAGAUUUACACCUGUUAUUGGUCAAAAAGAUUAUUUUUCAUUUAAAAAUAUUUAAUAAAUGGUGUUUAAAAGGGAAAGUUAAAAGGAAACCUCGGUGUUGAAAGGUGUGAAUAUAAAUAACAUUGUGUGUGUUAAGAAAGUGAGCCGCUCGGCGCAGCUCAGUCCCACUCCCCCUGAGCAGCUCAAAGCUGCAGAGCAGAUUCCAUUGGUGACCCGAGUGAGGGGAAGAAUUCUCUCAGAUGCUCACUUACAGGCCUUAAGGGAGCAAGAGGUUUCUGGGGUGUGUGUGUCUUUUUUUGUAUUCAUGGUGAAUGAUAGCUGGAAUAUACUCUAUCAGGAGUCAUCAUUUAUUGUGAUGGGAUGUGUUUGUCUGUUUCACUUUUUAAAAUACUGUGUGCAACAGCUAACCUUGUAAAGCAUCAGAAAUGAAGGCUUUUCGGUUUGAGUGUUAUCUCUCUUUUUGCUACAGGCCUGUCAGAACUCUAUUUUCUAGUGUGUAUUAGAAGCAAAUCCAGUAAGUCAUGUGCUGCAGUUAAUUGUGAAAGAGUUAAUUAAUUAUUUCCAUGAUGGCUACAAAGUAAAAAAAAAAAAAAAGCCAACAGUAAAAUAUGUAAAAUUCCUAUAAAACUUAUCCAUUUAAAAAAUAUAUUUUAGUUUUCAGAUUUAUUUUUAAUUUGAAGUGACCAAUUAUUAUGUUUUUUUUUUUCUGUGGGAAAUGGGGCACAUUAGAAUCAGCUUAGUUACAGGUGCAGCCAGGGACACCAUCGCCAGACUUCCCUUUACCACAAACUCCUCCUGAACCACCACAUCUACAGCUUGUGUUUCACUGAAAAAAAAUAACUAAACCCUUAGUCAUAUGUGAUGCCAGCGGUCAAGGCCAGCCUUAGGCUGUGCAGGGCUCUAGGCGGUGAUGAUUAAAUGCGGGUUCCAGAACAUUAAGUGAAUGCUACAGUAGCAACCGUGUCUUAAAAUGAGUAUAUAGGUGCAUCAUGUAAUCAUACGCACCUACAUAUACUAACGUUAAGAUGCAGUAAAUAAUACUAAUGAUAUUGAAAUGUUAAUGAAUACUUUCCGUUCGUUUGUUAGACUUUUAUAUAAUUCACAACUUUAAAGCACUCAGAAUUCCAGUCGUCAAACAUAUAACGUAUUUACUUUUUUUU